ACUGUGACAUGAUUAAAACAGAAAAGGUUUUACAUUUGAACAGCUCAAAGGGCAGAAAGGUUCGUGUGGUCCGCGAGCAUUAUGUGAGGGAACAGGUGCCAUGUGGGAGUUCACUGUGUCAGGCAGGCUGUCACAACGAUGGAAAGGUGCUAUCCAGUGAUGUGACCCACUAUGUGGUUCCGGAUGGGGGGGUUGUUCGGGAUUUUCUGGAGAUUCUGGAGUUCAGGGAGCUGCAGGGGAUUGUGUUCACCCAGACAGCCAACCAGCACACCCGUGGACGCAGGCACUACAAAAGACUGCGUGCUCUGCUUAAAGACCCUCGCCAUGAUUGUGUGCUAUUUGCCAAUGAGUUUCAGCAGAACUGCUACUGCCCCAGAGACAAGGGAGAGUCUCAGGAAAAAUGGCAUACAAGAUGUGUCUACAAUGCAGCAGUUUGGUACUUUAACCAUCUGGCUGGACUGAGGCCUGUAGUAAUGCUUGCAGAAGAUCGUGACGUUAUUUCUGAAUUUAAUGCCCUAAACAGCGGAGUGUAUGUCAUCUCAACACAGGAGUACCUGGCAAGUUUCUGGCCAGAACUGCAGGCAGCUCAAGAGCUGUACAACUCCAUUGCUCAAACACUUCAGGAGCGGGAGAGCGAGGGAAUGGAGAAGGUGUAUGCUGAACAUCUGCCCGCUGAGGUGCUGGAGGCUGGUAUUAAAUCUGGCAGGUACAUCCAGGGAAUUCUGAAUGUGAACAAACAUCGGGCCCAGCAUGAAGCCUUCGUCCGUUAUGAAGGCUCUACUAACAAGAAUUCAGAGCUAAACAGUGAUGUGCUGCUCAACGGAGUGAAGCAUCGUAACCGUGCGGUGCAUGGAGACAUGGUGGUUGUAGAACUCUUGCCACGUAAUGAGUGGAAGGGGCGGACUACGGCACUAACAGAGGGUCAGGGCGAGGAGCGGACGAUGGAGGACACACAGAGCCAGCCCAUGCCCACAGGCAGGGUGGUGGGUAUUCUGCAGAGAAACUGGAGAGAUUAUGUCGCGAGUUUUCCUCCUCUUGAGGAGGUGCAGUCGCAGAGCCGUAAUUCACAGAAGAUCCUGCUUAUCCCGUGGGACUACCGCAUCCCAAAAAUCCGCAUCAGCACACAGCAGGCCGAGGCAUUGCAGGACUGUAGAGUUAUUGUGCGUCUGGAUUCAUGGGAAAGUACUUCUAUGUACCCAAAUGGCCACUGUGUGAGGGUCCUGGGUAAAUCAGGCGAGCUGGAGACAGAGAUUCAGACCAUUCUGUUGGAGAACUGCAUCCAUGUGUCUACAUUCUCAGAGGCCCAGUUGCGUGAGAUGCCAGUUAACACAGAAGAGAACCCGUGGCAGAUGGACAGCAGUGAGGUGUCCUCUAGACGGGACCUGAGAAACACUCACUUGGUGUUCAGUAUUGAUCCGAAGGGCUGUGAGGAUGUAGAUGACACCUUGUCUGUUCGAACUCUGCCGGGAGGAAAACGUUUAGAGCUAGGUGUUCACAUCGCAGACGUCACUCAUUUUGUUAAAGAAGGCUCUCUAACAGACUUGGAGGCACGGUCGAGGGCAACCACCUACUACCUGGCAGACCGCAGGUAUGACAUGCUGCCGGCAGUGUUAAGCGCAGACCUGUGCUCCCUCCUUGGUGGAGUGGACCGAUAUGCCUUGAGUGUGCUGUGGGAGCUGGAUGCUGAUUCUCUGGAUGCGUGUAAGGUCUGGUACGGUCGCACUCUUAUCCGUUCAUCCUAUCAGCUUCACUAUGAGCUUGCCCAGAGCCUGCUGAAUGGAGAGGAGGUUGAGGUGCCUGAACUAAGCCAACUGAAGGGCUCUCAGCGGGAUCAGAAACUGGCUGAACUUUUGCAGGCCCUGGAGACCCUGACAAGGGUGGCCAGACACCUCCGGGCACAGAGGGAUAAAGGAGGUGCUCUGCAGUUAGAAGGGGUGGAGGUGAGGGCUCAGCUGGAUGAGGACAAGAACAUUACUGCCCUUGUGCCCAAACAGCCUCUGGAGGUUCAUGAGACUGUGGCCGAGUGCAUGAUCUAUGCCAACCACUGGGUGGCACGCAAGAUACAGGAGAGCUUUCCUCACCAAGCGCUUCUGCGUCAUCACCCACCACCCAAACAAGAGUACUUUAAUCACUUGAUUGAUAGCGCAAAGGCCAGGGGCUUUAGUAUUGAUACAAGGUCAAACAGAGCUCUGGCUGAUUCUCUGGAAUGGGCAAUGGACCCUCAGGACCCUCUGGUGAACAGGUUGUUGAGAAUGAUGGCGACCCAGGCAAUGUCUAAUGCCCUUUACUUCUCUACAGGAGCCUGUCCAGAAGAACAGUACUAUCACUAUGGUCUCGCUCUGGAUCGAUACACUCACUUUACUUCUCCAAUCAGACGUUAUGCUGAUGUAGUAGUGCAUCGGCUCCUUAUGGCUGCCAUUCAGCUGGAGAAGGAAGGGUCCUUUAACAAGGCCUUGGCCGGUGACAGAGAACUCGAGGAGCUGGCUCAACAAAUCAACAACAAAAACAGAGCAGCGCAGCACGCACAGAAGCAGUCCACAGAGCUCUUCCAGUGCCUCUACUUCAGAGACAAAGACCCUCACACAGAUGAACGCUGUGUGGCUGAUGCUGUCAUCUAUGCUGUCAGAGCGAACGGAUUUCUCAUCUUCGUACCACAGUAUGGAUUGAAGGGAGCGGUAUACCUUAAGGAUCGGGAUGGUCAAGUGGUCAGCAUCAGUGGGGAUGGAAAGUGUGAGUGGCAUGCCGGGACGUUGCAAAGAUACCCUGAUAAGAUCAGCACACGCACCAGCACUGGAAUCCAUACCUUUUACCUAUUUGACCAUGUUACGGUUCGUAUUUCUGUAAAACCAUCCGGUUGCCAUGCUGACACAUUGUGUCUGGAUCUUAUCAGCAGCAAGCCUCAUCGUGCCAUGCAACCCGAGUCACAGCCAGCUGGCAGCGGCCGUUCUGAACUGGUUCAGGAAGUCGUGCGCUGGGCAGAAGAGGCCUCGCUUCAGGCUGAGGAGAAGAAGGGAAGAAAGUCCAAACUGAGUAGGGAGGAGAGGCAGUUUAGACAGAGCAAAACACCAAACCUCUAUGUUAUUUUACAAGAGAUCAGUGAGCUUGCCCUGCUGGAUCUGUCUGCCUGCCAGAUCACAAAUACAGAAGCACAGAUGUGCACUACAUCAUCUUAGCUUUAUAGUGUCGUACAGUACUUCCUAGAUAUAAUAUCUUGUGUAGAUAAUAUGCAGAGUUUUAUGGGUAGAUUUAAUAUACCUGCCAUGGACUGAAGAUCGUUUCCAUGUGUCCAGAUGUGUACUGUCCUCAGAAAGAAACCCAGGACAAUAGUUCUAAUCCAGACCUAGCUUGUUUAUAUGUGGAUUUGUUGUAAAAACAAACAUGUUUAGGAAUUAUAAACACUUUUUUCCUUGUCCAGUAUUGGCACAUUCUGUGUAAAUAUGAUGAUGUUGAGGGUGUGGUGGCAGAUACAGUAUUUCCUACAACAAUUAAACAAUAUCAUAAUGUUUAAUAUGAUCACAAGUGACACAUCUAUUGAAAGGUGUUUUACAUGGGCUGAGAAAUUCCAAUGAAAAAUUUAGUGUAAACUUGUAACAAAUCUCCAUCAGUUUAGCAGUAUAGUAAGUUCUCUGUUUUGAUACCUUUUGCUUUGUUUAAUUGAGAAACCUAUUCAUUCUAAAUAGCAAUGAGAGAAAAUGGGACUUAAUAUUUAAGAGAAACCAGUGUGUAACUGACUAUUUUCUAGAUGGUUAAUAAUGCUUUACAUUUUACCCAUGAAGUGAUUUGAUCAUGACUUUUUUUUUUAAAGAAAUAAAAAGUAUUUUU